GGGAGUCGCCGUAGUGUGAGUUGUUCCAAAUGAGUGCUUCAGAUGCUCCUCAGGCAGCCCCACAGCCACAAGCGGCAAGUAGCCAGUUGACCAAGAAGCUCCAAAAGGCAUUGACUCUGCGGAUUGACUCGCAAGCGUCGCGAGAUGCGCUGAAAUGUCUUUCCGGCUUCUUCACCGAGAAUACUGUACACACGAGGAGGAAUUUGCGAUCCUCCAUCGAGGGCGAAAGCUUGCUGUUGCACAAGGAGUUUGUGAACUCCUUUGGCGCACUUGAGAGGCAGCUUGAGAAUCUUGAUCACCUGGUGCAAGAAUUGGAUGGUGCAGUGGAACGGGCAGCUGGGCAGCUGAAGGCAAGCCGAUCGGAGACGCAGGCUAGCCUUGAGAGGGCAGCUGCUUUGCGGAAGGAGGCAAUAUCCAUUGAGUUGAAGCAGCAGGUCCUCGACAAGUUUCUGGGCCGCUUUCGCUUGUCAGAGGCAGAUACGCAGCUGGUCCGUUCCGGGGACAAACCCCUGGAUGAUGACUUCUUCACUGCGUUUGACCGCCUUGAACAGGUGCGUUCAAAUGCUCGACACAUGCUAAGCACCAGCGGCCAGCAGACAUCAGGGGUUGACAUUCUCCACGAAACUUCCGAGAUCCUGGAGGCUUCCUACGAGCGAAUGUUUGUUUGGGUGCAGCAACAGUGCCGCGGACCCAGGGAAGCUGCUGUUGCCAAAAGCACGUCAGCUGAAAUGGACACUCCUGCUGGGCAUGUCCUCAAACGCGUUUUGAAGCUGUUGAGAGAAAGACCUGUCUAUUUCAAUCAUUGCCUUCGAGAUAUUGCACGCGUUAGGAAGCAAGCGCUGCAACAGCGUUUCUUCGAAGCUUUGAGUCAAGGUGAUGCCACCUUUGGUACAAGACCUAUCGAUUUGCAGGCCAGCGAUCCAGUUCGAUAUGUGAGCGACAUGUUGGCAUGGCUUCAUCAAAACGUUGCGACUGAGCAGGAUGCUCUAAGCAGCCUCAUUGGAAAGGAGUCAGCUGCAGAAAGCUCCGCUUCACGGGAACGCCUGGCGUCGGAUGAGGGCUCGAUGACAGUAGUGAGCUAUGACGAGAUGCUGGACAUCUCCUUGGAUGGUGUGGCUACAACUCUGGCGACAAAGACCAAACAAUCGCUACUCGCCAACUCCUCUGGUCACGCGCAUGGUGUGAAUAGCUCAAACACCUUCACCUCCAACACUGUCAUUGUGACCAUGUACAGGGUUGCACAAGCUUUCUCUUUAUUUGCCAAGAAAUUUGACGAGCAACUGCAACGGAAAGAAGCCAUGUUGGUAUCAACCUGCAUGGAUUUGCACGCCCGAACCUAUCAAGACUUCCUAGACUUGUGGGAAGCUCAAGCACAAAAACUUCGUCAAGGCGUUGCUUCAGUGUACGUGGCAGCUUUGUCAGCUCCCUCAUUUGUGUUGGAAGCGGCCAACACGUUGCAAGAGGUUUUAUCGAUUUACCAGAUAGCUCCAGUCCCAGCUGGCGAACGCGAGGCUGACUUCCUCCCGGUUUUAUCUGCAGCCUUUGACCCGUUGCUGAAUCACUGCCAACAAGUUGCCUCCAUGAUGGACGCCGCAGAUGGGCAAGUCUUCUUGAUGAAUUGUGUUUCAGCAAUGCAGACUCCCUUGGAAAAACACGAAUUUACCAAGCAGCGACAGGACAUGUAUCUUGCCUUCUUGCAGGAUCAAGCACAGCGAUUUGUGGAAGGACAGGCCAAAGCAGUCUUGUCCAAAGUGGGUCUUUCAGAGCGCCUGAAAGCAUUGAGAGACAAACCAGCAGAUGUCCCCCUGAGUGGAGUACCAGAGCUCCAUCCAGUAUCAUUGGCUGCAACUCUCAGAACUUUCUACAACUCCUUGUUCACUCUUGGUGGAGCUCUAUCACUUCCAUUGCUUGAGCGCAUUGAAGAUGUCAGUUUGCGACACCAGAUCCGUGGGCAAAUUGCCAAGCUGAUUGCUUCCUCCUACGAAGAAUUACAUAACGGGAUCGCAGAAUUGGGCAUCACCACUCACACUCCAGAUCAGGUGCGAACGUUGCUUGAGGGAGUCUGAGGCACAAUUGUGGCAUCCAAA